AACGAUUGUUGAAACUGUAAAGUAAAAAAGGGGAAAAAUCAUUACUUGUAUACUUUUCUGAUUAUUAUUAUUAUUAUUACUAUUAUUACUAUUAUUAUUAUUUAUACCUGUUUUCUGUUAAUUUAAAACAUAAAAUUAAUUAAAACCAAGAAUUAAACCAUUUGUAGUUUGUUUAUGUAAAUCGUUGUUGGUUAGUUGCUAAGGCUUCAACGCACCCUCCCCCGCUGCACCGAGUCCCCACUGUCUGUGCUCGGUAUGAUUUUUUUUUCGUCGUCCGCUGGGGGAUCCUUGCGGCGUACUCUCUCGGUAAGCAUCGCUACAACAAACAUCAAAAAAAAUAGAAUUAUUCAGUAAACAUUAACAAGAUGGAAGACCACAAACACAGACAUCCAACUAAUGUCAAAGCUGAAAGAUGGUGUGCUAGGGAUAGGAUCACCCAGAAACCAAUAUAAAAUCCCAUUCGUAUCUUCGCAUAAUGACGUUAAUUCAAAUUGGUAUAUCAUCCUUACAUCAACCAAUCGACAUUUCUAUUUCAAUGCAGCAGUUAGGCAAUCUUAUUGGCAAUUACAAGAUUUGAAAGAACAGUAUUUCAGCGAUAAUGAUUUGGAAUGGGGACAGUUUUUGAAUUGUUUUGAGUUCGAUAAAUUAAGUGUUUUGUUCGCUAAGAAUAUUGGAUUUCAUGUUAAAAGUGUUCAAGUAGAGACGAAAGUGAAAUCAAAUGUGAUAAAACAUGGUGAUAUAGAAGUUGAGAUUGUUAAAGAUGAAGAUCAAGAGAUACCCGAUGAGAAAGAAGUUGAGGAUGAAGAUGAAAUUGAUGUCAAGUCUAAUGCAGAAGUUGAUACUGAUCUUAUACGAGAGUUAUUACAACAAGAAGGUUAUUUAAAAGAUCAGCCAUCAGAAGUUGUCGAAGACAAGGACGAAGAUAGAGCUGAAUCUGAAGACAAACCACAGCCAACUGGAGGGCUUAAUUUAGGUUAUUCAUCAAGUGAGGAUGAUGCUGAUGAUGAUGAUGAUGAUGAUGAUGGUAAUGAUGAAGAAAAAGAGGAUGAAGAGGAAGAUGUCAAUGAUGAUGACGAUAAUGACCAAUCUUCGAUAAAUGAAGAAGAUCUAGACUUAUCAAUCUCAGAUUCAGAUGAAGAUCUCAACGAAGGGUUAGAUUUGUCAAUAGGUGAUGAACAAGAAGAAUCGGGAUCAAGUUCUAAAAAAGCUGAUUUCAUUAAUUUAUUAAAUCAAUUCAAGUCAAAAAUAUCAAUCUAUGAUUCAUGGUUCAUCAUUGAAGAAGAUCUCAUUAAUGAGUUUGUGAAACAUCCUGAAUAUUAUUCGAUUGAAGAUAGCAAGACCAGAGAGGAUAUAUUCAAUGAAUGGGUAAUAUCUCAGAGCAAUGAGGAAGAACAUAGAGUAGAUGAAUCAGAGGAUGAUGAAGAAAUUGAUGAAGAUGAGGAAGAACAAAUUGAUUAUAGAUAUCCUACUCCAACUUUAACAUACCAUUAUCUUCUACAACAAUUCAAAAAGGACAUAAAAUCAUUGGUUUAUCAACAAUUCUAUAAUAAACACUAUAAGGAAAUCAAUGAUAUAAACCUCUCAAAUAAGGAAAAGGACUUACUCUAUCGAAAUUUCAAACUGAUGAUACUUAAUCAAACCAAUUUUGAAAAAUCGUACAAGAAGUCAUAUCCAAAUAGUUCAAUCAAUCUUAAAAAGCUAAAAUUGGAUGAUUUCCUCUCCCAGCAUGCAGAAAAAUUAUCUGUCGCAGCUAAUACCUUCAAAGCUAUCCAAUCACAAUUUAUAAUACCUACCGACGAUACCGAAUGCUAUGCAAAAUGGAUUGAACUUAUAAAUAAAUUGGAUCUUGACGGUGACAUAGUGCAUAACUGUAUUAAUUUUAUAGUGGGCGAUGUUAAACGUUUGCAAAGUUAUAUCGACUUUUACAAUAAUCUUCUAUAGGUUAAAGAUUAUUCUUGUAUAUAAAAUCAAGAGUUGCAAAUUUAGUUUGUGGCAGCUAAAAGCUUAUUUUAACUAUUAAGUGAAAAUAUACAAAAAUUAUGAAUUACAUCAAUAACCUAAACUUAGUAUUUAUCGAAUGAUCUAUAUGUCUAAUAG